GCCCUCCUUCAACUCUCGUUUUACUUUCCAAACCUCACUUUGUACGGUACGGGAUUUCAAGAGCUCUUUGCCCACCCAGUAUUCCCAUCGGAUCUUGAGACUCUUUCCUCUAAGAGUCCUUCAUUCACAUUACUACUGCACGAUGUCCUCAGUACAGUUUGGUCGCAACCAGGAAGUUGUGUGGAUGUGGUGAAGAAGAUCCAAGGUCGGAAAAUAAGGAGAACCAUGAUGGGUGACACCUGGGGUGAUCUGGAGAGCCGUCUUCAAUCAACCUCUAAAGAUGUGCUGGCUUUUAUGCUGGAUUAUUUGAGGGAAAUUUUCGCGAUAUUCUGUUCAACUACAGAAUUCUGCGACCGAGAGGGGAUUCCGUUGCGCGACGUCAAAUUUCAACAAGAGCAACGUUGGAUCGAGUUCAUCCGUGGAGAGGACACUGGAUAA